ACAGAUGGCUGCGAGGAUGAGGUGACUCCUCCUGGCACUGACAGUGACAGUCCAAACACAGUCUCUCCCACGGUCGGUCCCGGCAGCUCUCCAGGCUUUGCCCUAAACACCUUGGAGGGGGAGGUGGCCCGAUGACCAUGAAGGAUGGGCUGGUACAUUCCACCUGAGAGGAGUGCAGGUCCCCUAUGAGCAAAGGGCUCCUCUCCUCCCUCCGAGCGAGUCUGGAGCGCACAUAGCCAGGGUGUGCCCGGCUCCUCACUGUGGAAUGGGCAGAGUGUAGGACUUCGUGCUGUUGGACCCAUCACCCUGCUCCCUCCAGCUCCUGCAGAGUGUAGACUGGGCCCCAGGAGUCACGUUUACUAAUGAAUCAGCUCUUAGAACAAAUGUCAGAGUUAUACUUGCCAUUUCCCGGCCUUGAUGUGCCUCCCCUGGCUUCUUCCUAGAAUCUGCCUGUAAGUGGAAUUCUUGUAAAUUAGAUUAUUCAGGGACCUUGACAUUUAAAGGAAUCAUGUUAUAAGGCUUUUGGUAAAGCAAAAAAUUAUAUUGUCGGUAAUGGCCUUCAGUGUUACCAGUUUUGAAGAGUCAGAUUUUUAUCUGUGGGGUUUUCUUAAAAGUGGAAACUGGCUGUAACUACACAAAGCUUUCUUUGAUUCACUCAACAACCAAUUAGCAAACACCCACCUGGUAUCAGGUGCUGGACUAAUGGCUUUCAGAGUAAUGGCCCUGCCCCAGGAAGCUUGCAUCCAGGGAGGGCAGGCAAGGCAGGCAGGCAGGCAGAGAGGAGAGCCCGAUGUUUGGCCCCAGGUUUAUUCUUUCCACUUAACUGGGAAGUGCAUGUUUCGUUGAAUACCUGUGUGCCACGUGGGAUCCGCCUCGGUGUCACCUUCUCUCAGACGCUGCCUUGUCCGCCAUUCGGGAAGGAUGCCUUCAGCCUUUGGGUUCCCACGGCACUGUCUGACUCAGUGAGAGUCUUCAUUGUUUCCCCAUGUUUUUGUUGGUUUCGUUUCUGCCCUGUCUCCUACUGACUGCAAGCUCUGGGGGUCAGACUCAAUGUUGACCAGCCUCAUAGCAACUAGAACAGCACCUACCAGGGUGGACAUUUGUCACAAGUGCCAGGGCCUCAGGGUAGAGCGAGAUCCUAAUGUCCCUCCCGGGCAAAAUGUGGCCUGCUGGCUGAGGGUGGAGCUGUCCUCCUGCUCUGAGCAGAGUGGGGGGCCUGAGCUCUGCUGCCAGGCCCCUGCUGUUGCUUUUGGUACUUUGUCCAUCUGGUGACACUCCUAUCAAAGUCUGCUUUGGCUCUUGCCCCUGUAGUUCACACAGCUGCCAACAGUCUUCCAGAAACACACAUCUCAUGUCCUCCCUGCUCAACCCAUAGUAGUUCAAGCUCACUGCUCUUUAGGGUGAAAUCUAAACUACUAAACGUGACCCCUAGGACCUUGAGUUUCCUGUUGCAAGGGCCCUGUGUAGGCUCUUUUCUUCCUGGGCAGUCUUCUUGCCCCGUCUGCUUAGUGAACUCUCCCUCAUUCACUGUUUCAUCUGAUGGCACUUCCCCAGGGGCCUUCCAUGACGCCGCUGGAGUUAGGUCCUUCUAGAGUGUGCCCUUCUAGGGUCCUGGACUUCACAGCCCUUACAGUUGCGAUUGAGUUGAGCUGUUUCCAUCGCCCUGUUCACAGCACGGUGCCUGGCAGAGUCCUGGCCAGUUGUGAUGACUGGAUCCCACAGUGAGGGUGCUUCUGUGCUGAGCAGUGAGGGAGGGAGGCAUGGGGACUGCUCAGGCCCCUCCCACCGUCAGCCCCGAUGCCCACUAUAGCAGGCAUGGGCCCCUUGCUUCUCGGUCCUUUCUCACGUGCAGAUCAGAUUCUGUCCCCUGGAGUCAGGCACCGAGCUAGGUGGUGUGUAGAGAAAGCAAAGCACUAGAAGCCAGGGUUCUGGGUCCCCUGCUCUGUGAACAUAGCUUUGUAAAAUGACUUGAAUGCAAGAGACAGAAGGACUGUCCUUCAAGGGGUUGGCAGCAGAGUAGGGGUCACUGGACAUUCUGUGGCAGGACUGUGACCAAUGAAGCGCCGUGUGGGACAGGCCCUUGACCAGGCUGGUUCCCUUAUUCAGGGGCGCUGCUGAGCUUGCCUGAGAGAGACGUGGCUGGGGACAGCAUGACGAGCGAGGUGAUAGAAGACGAGAAACAGUUCUACUUGAAGGCCAAGACGUACUGGAAAGAGGUCCCGCCAACAGUGGACGGCAUGCUUGGGGGGUACGGCCACAUCUCCAGCAUCGACAUCAGCAGCUCCCGGAAGUUCCUGCAGAGGUUUCUGAGGGAAGGCCCCAACAGGACAGGCACCUCCUGCGCCCUGGACUGUGGUGCCGGCAUCGGCAGGAUCACCAAGCGGCUGCUCCUGCCGCUCUUCAAGGUGGUGGACAUGGUAGACGUGACGGAGGACUUCCUGGUGAAAGCAAAGACCUACCUGGGUGAGGAGGGCAAGCGGGUGAGGAACUACUUCUGCUGUGGCCUCCAGGACUUUAGCCCCGAGCCUGGCUCCUACGACGUCAUCUGGAUCCAGUGGGUGAUAGGCCACCUGACCGAUCAGCAUCUGGCUGAGUUCCUGCGGCGCUGCAAGCGGGGCCUGCGCCCUAAUGGUGUCAUCGUCAUCAAAGACAACAUGGCCCAGGAGGGCGUGAUCCUGGACGACGUGGACAGCAGCGUGUGCCGGGCCCUCGAGGUGGUCCACAGCAUUGUCCGCAGCGCAGGCCUCAGCCUCCUGGCUGAAGAGCGGCAGGAGAACCUUCCGGACGAGAUCUACCAUGUCUACAGCUUGGCCCUGAGAUGAGCAGGGCUGGCAGGAGGAGGGACCAGUGCAGGGUGGGGAGCUGGCAGCCAGGCGCCAUCCAGAGGCUCCAUGUCGAUGGUUCACAGGUGCUGAGUGAGGCCACUAAAUAUACCUG